AUGUUUAUGGACCCUGUACCACUCGUCCUACAUUACGUCAAUCGAAAGUUCUGGAGCCAAGCUGAAUAUAUGGCUGUGUUGAGAGGGCUCUCAACCUCAGCUUCUGUUCUCCCCAACGCCACUGAGUCCUUCAUGACACCUACGUCAAAUACAAAGAUUGACCCAGUCCUUCAUGACACCUACGUCAAAUACAAAGCCGGGACUGAGAAAGUCGUCACCUGGUUGGCUAAGGCCGCCUACGGCACAGGUCUCCUGGACGCGUCCUUUACCAGAAGCACGGGAACCAAUGCUCACUUGAAGAGACAUGAGCAGAAUAAUCGCCAGACAUCAGAGCAGACGUUCGAUUUUGAAGUCAAAGACCUUAACAGGUUUGCUGAUGUGAUCGUUUCCUCAAACUUAAAGGUCCCACCAGCCAUCCUUUAUACGCUGGACGAUGUAAUCGUUGCUCGGAGAGAGUGUGCUUCAUGGUAUAGACGGCAACUGUCUACAGACAACGAUGCUCAUCAGAAGAGAAAUGAAAGCCAUGACUACUACAUCAGCAUCUUGCAGAAAAUGCGAAGCAAGCUUGCUUCUACCACUCGGGAAGAAAAGCAGGAAUUUAAUGGAGCCUUCGAUCGAAGAGACGCCUGGACCGAAUAUAAGGAGCGUCGUAUAACUCUUGAGACUGCCGCAGUUAUCCAUAACACGGCACUGGGACUAUGCCGCGAAGUCAAUCUUCAUUUCAUCAAAUAUUUCCCGCAUCUGUCUGAUCAUGCAACGAUUAUUACAUUCAUGGAUGGAAGUUACAAGCCUUCGGAACAUCAACAGCACGGAGAUUGGCGAUACUUUGUUUUCACAUCGCAUCAGGGAGAUGAAUUUGCACUCUAUCAGCCUGUCAUUACAUGCAACACUGUGCAUAGAAUGACAAUGUCACUUAUGACAAUGCCCGUCGUUUCUUGGUAUGAGCACAGACGAGCGCCUCUACUUACAGAUGAUGAAGACAACUUGAUGUUCUGUGUUUCUUAUUUGACACUCUUAAGUGUCGGACGCCUCAAGACCAUGGACAAUGAUGACGACAUGAUGGUUCAAGCUAUCCUUCAGAGCAGGACGGAUGGAAUCUACUACUCGUGGGCUGUCUUCGCUCUCCAAUCUCUUACUGACUGUCAACGCAUCCUAGGCAAGGACCGCUCCCGGGGCUUCCAGGACCUUCAAGCUUCCUGCAAGUGGUAUAAGGAAUCUAUCGAGGCCACUGUCCGCUUUGGAUAUUCAUCGGGGGUUAGCAAGUGGCAUGAAAAGAACGAAAGCAUCCUUCUCGGGAUGGUCUCGGACUUUAGUGAAAGCGUUGAAGAAGAUGAGUUGGAGGCUCUCUAUAAGCUAAAUCAGUCCGCAGCCGGCAAAGUGGAUCGGGAGAAAUUCUUUUUCAUGAAGAAAAAUCCUAUGCUAUGUGGACUUAAGCUUAUGAAGUUGUUGUUAUCAUUCCAUCAACUAGGACUGGAGUUGGUAAACAACCAUUUCGCUCUUUUAACAGCUAUACACACGUAUAAUGCAUUCUUGGACCCAGUCAAUACUGCAAGUAGCCACAAAUGGACCGACUUGGAGACGAUCAUCAAAAGACAAGACUCGAAGAAAGUAUUUGCUGGCGAUAGACCUACUGAAAGUGGCGACCAUCAAAUGCACUUUGCUCUCGCCUUAGGUGCUGACCGAGCGAAACUGUUGAAACUUCGCCGAAAACAAAAGGGACGCAUGAAGCUUGCUUGGCGCGGCGGAACUAUAGGUUCCAUGUCAACAUACCUCCAUUCGUGCAUUAAAAAGGCUGGUAAAAUCGUGAAUCUCCAUAGGCUCAUCCCCAACUUUGUCACCGUAGCGGGCUUAGUGGCAAGAAGUGUCCCAGGUGCUUCGAAUGAUCCCGGUAGUGCCAGACUCAGCUCACUGGAAGUGCUCUCAGUGCUCAAGGAGAGCUUGAGCAGAGACGCGAUAUUUCUCCGCUGGGAUUUGUUCGCGAUGAACAAGCACUCUCUGGAGUUCAUUCUGAAGAUUACGGAGAUACGUCUCGACUCGGAUAAUUCGCAGCCUAAAAAGAAUUCGCCGGUCGGUUUCCAGAAGCUCCCAGGCGUGAUGCUACACGUGCUCGGAUUCGACAUGCGGUCCUCACCGCGAUUUCCAGAACUGUGCGCGAUCGUAAACGCUCAUGUGGCUUCUGUAUCUGCAGUAGAGAGCCAGAAGGCAAUGAUCCGAUGUGGGACCGUGUCUCAGAACAGCCCGCCGCAUAGAGACGGCUUCUUCGUUCCGAUUGAUGAUUUCGUCCCACACAGCUUGAGACAGAACGCUAAACUAUUCUCUGUGCCUAACUUAGGGCUGCAGUUGUUGGUGUCCCGCAGUGUGUGGAGACUUGAUAAUACGAUGCGAUACCUCGAAGUCGGCGGCAAACUCAGAAACCUCCGCUUUAUGAACGAGGGAGCUCCAGGAGAGGAAGCUGUCUUCCUCGAGUAA